CGAUGGCUUUGCAGGAACAGAGGGAGCUCUGCGAGACGGCUCUGCAGGACCGUUCGCAGAUUGAGAUUCGCAGACGCGCGGGAUUCCACCCCCCGAAAAGCACAGAAGCCCACGGAUCCUUUCGUUCCUAAUACCAUUCGCAACUUGGUUAGGGGGUGUGCUACGAGUGAGAAGGCUUUUCUCGAAUUCAGCCUGGCCAACGCCCGGCAGGAGCAGAGAGACAGUCUCCAGAGGACUCCGGCAGCUGGCGUCCAAAGCAGACUGCGACCGAGAACCCAGGUGGGGGUGCCAAUCGACCAGGUGCCGAGAGGCCUUCGCUUGGAUGAUUUGUUGCGCCUCGUGGAGGACCACAAGGAGUGGCUUCAAGGCCCCACGGCCCGAGGAACGGGCCGGAAGAACAUGUACGACGUCACUCCUGAGCUCAUCAUCGCACGAUCCCCGGGCGACGAGCGAAUCAUAGAGCUGACGGCGGAGGAUGCCGAGAAGAUCACGCAAUCCCUCGCCGGUAGUGACGACGAAAAGUCUCACGGCGUCUUUGUCAAGGGCUCCCUCCAAUGUCGGGAGGGAGCCAAACUCGGAGGGGUCCCGGUGGAGAACCUGGUGAUCCAGGGAAUCCUUGGCGAGGAAGGCCCACAGCGCAGGGAUUACUGGAGCCGUGGCAGCGAGCGUCAGGAACGGUGGCGCACCACGGGCAGGCACGGACGCCGGCUGUCUCAGGACCCUCGGCAACAUGGAGCCUCAGCAGUCAUGCAAGCGUUUGGCGAUGGCAUCAACGGUGGCCUUGGCCAUUUGCAGGAUGUGAUCCCCGAAAAGCUGCUCGGGAAGCAGCUCGGCGAGCUGAACGCCCGCCGACAGAAGGAGCUGCUGAAGAAGCCGGGGACGGUUGUGGUCCUGCGCACUGGCGCACCUUGA